AUGUCAUUUUCCCUCACCGAUAAUGUUGAAACAUCCCCAGAAGACAUUAUGUAUACAUCUCUCGAAACUCUUUACGAUUUUGCACCGGUGAUGCACUCAUCUGCGGGAUCGCUGUUCACUCACAUCCGCCCGGCGUCGCUGGAUUUGCCACCAGAAGCGGCUCACGCACCACUCACGAUCUCACUUUUGACCCCAGAUACUCGAGCAGAAAACUGGUCUCUCCAUGCGUCCACUAUCUGGGUCGCAUCCCUCUAUAUCGCAGAUCAUCUCGAGGAUUUGCAUCUUGACCGGCACGAUCCUUCAUCGACAUCAACACGACCAAUCCGAGUGCUGGAGCUCGGCGCUGGUGCUGGUCUCCCUAGCAUACUAAUAUCUAAAUCAUAUGCUCAUGUCGAAGUCACGUCCAGCGACUAUCCUGAUGCCGAACUUAUCCGCACCUUGGAGGAUAACGUGAAGCGAAAUCAUGUCGCCGAUCGAUGUCGCGCUGUCCCAUUUGCAUGGGGCUCUGAUCCUGCUCUACUGGCUCCAAAGCAUGACAGCCAGCUUGCCGUGGGUGAGGAUUCACUGCCCGCCUUUGGAUUUGAUGUCAUAGUAGCCGCGGACACACUGUGGAAUUCCGAGGUGCAUCAUCUCCUCAUCGACACCCUCAGCCGUACAUUAUCACGCACUGAACACGCGCGGGUCCAUCUCGUCGCGGGAUUACAUACGGGGAGAUACACAAUUCAGACUUUCCUGAACUCGGCGGAAAACGCGGGAUUUCAGAUUCAAGAAGCUGUCGAAAGAGAGGUGAAGGGUGAUGGGAGGAGGGUAUGGCAGGUUGAAAGAGCUGAGGGAGAAGAUGAAAGAGAGAGGAGGCGAUGGGUUGUCUGGAUCAUCCUGAAGUGGAAUGGUCAUACCUAG